UUGACGUGACAGCUUUGUGCUGCUUGAACCGCCUACUUUUUACCUCAGAAAUGUCGAGUCUAGUUCCAGUGUAACUCGCACAGUUAGUUUCCACUGUUGAAAGCUUCAGAUGAACAUGGGGAUGUUCGUAGGAAAGCUACGUCUUGUGCUGCUGCUGGAGCUUCUCUUCACAAGCUAUUUUGCUGCAUGUUUUGAUGUCACUCUUCUCCACACCAACGACGUCCAUGCCAGGGUAGAAGAAACUAGCGUGUACUCGGGGAAGUGUGAUCCAGGCGGACCGUGCUUCGCUGGAGUCGCGAGAAGGUUAACCCAAAUAAACAGAAUCCGAAAAACAGAAAGCAACGUUUUACUUCUGGAUGCGGGGGAUCAAUAUCAAGGAACGAUCUGGUUCAACUACUACAAGGGGGACGAAGCGGCUCAUUUUAUGAAUUGGCUGAAGUAUGAUGCCAUGGCCUUAGGGAAUCAUGAAUUUGACAAUGGAAUGGAAGGAUUAAUCAGCCCAUUUCUUCAGAAAGUGAACUGCUCAGUACUGAGUGCUAAUAUGAAACCAGAUCAGAAACUGGCUGACAGAAUAAGUGGAUUAGUCCUGCCCUAUAAAAUCUUUACAUUGGGCUCUGAGAAAGUGGCUGUGGUCGGCUACACAACAAAGGAAACACCAACCCUAUCCACUCCAGGACCGAAUGUAGUGUUUCAAGAUGAGGUCCAAGCCUUACAGGUUGAGGUAAACAAGUUAAAAACGCUGGGAAUUAACAAGAUCAUUGCAUUGGGCCAUUCUGGAUUUGAAACCGAUAAACUAAUUGCAAUGAAAGUGAGUGGCGUUGAUGUUGUUAUUGGUGGACACUCAAACACAUUCCUUUACACAGGUACACCUCCCUCCAAUGAAGUCCCUGCUGGUCAAUAUCCAUUCAUGGUAGACUCUGAUGACAGGCGUAAAGUGCCGGUUGUGCAGGCCUAUGCUUUUGGGAAGUACCUUGGCUAUCUUAAAGUCACCUUCAAUAAGCAAGGGGAUGUUGUGGCUGCUACAGGGAACCCUAUACUUCUAGACAGCACUAUACCGGAAGAUAAAGAGUUGCGUGCAGAGGUUGAUUUGUGGAAGCAGAAUCUCAGUAAUUAUUCGGCUCAAGUUAUUGGGAGGACCAUGGUGUAUCUUAAUGGGACUACUCAAGAGUGCCGCUUCCGGGAAUGCAACAUGGGGAAUUUAAUCUGUGAUGCAGCGAUUAACCAUUAUAUUAAAUUUCCUGAUGAAUUGCGCUGGAACCAUGUGUCGCUUUGCAUUAUAAAUGGAGGAGGUAUUCGAGCCCCAAUCAAUGAGCGCAGUGGAAACGGAACCAUUACUUUGGAGACCCUAACUGCUGUAAUGCCCUUUGAUGGUACUUUUGAUUUAGUUGAGCUAAAGGGAUCAACACUGAGAGCUGCAUUUGAGCAUUCUGUAAGGAGACAUGGGCAGUCUACAGGGGAGUUUCUGCAAGUGUCUGGCAUACGUGUUGUCUUCGACCUUUCCCAAACACCAGGACGACGAGUGAAGAAGCUUGAGGUUCUGUGCACUAAAUGCCGUGUGCCGUAUUAUGAGCCCCUGGACAUCAACAAAAGUUAUAAGAUUGUCAUUCCGUCCUACAUAGUGGACGGAGGAGAUGGCUUUGCCAUGAUAAAAGAAGAGAAACUCAGACAUGACACUGGUGAUCAAGACUUAUCUGUUGUCUCGGAUUACAUUUCUGCCAUGAAGAAGGUUUAUCCAGCAGUGGAAGGACGGAUUCUGUUUUCAGGUUCUGUCCCCACCGGGCUGCUCUCCAAAGCACACUUGAAGAUGGUGCUGCUAUCACUGGCCUUAUUCAUGGCUUCCACAGUGUAGAGGAGCAGCUCCCAUGCACUCUUAAGAUCCAGUUUAUUUACUUUUUAGCUAGAGAUUAACAUAUGUAGGGGGGGAAAUAUAUUUCAUUAGUUUGGGUUCUAUUUUAAAGUUAAGGUGUACUGACUCCUCAAGUCAGUCCAAUCACCAGUUUAUACUCUAAACCCACAUACCUCAGGACAUGGUUAAAGUAUAUGUAAUUAUACUGGGGGGACAUACAGUAGAUCGUGUGAAACAGAUAGGAUUUGUGAAAUCCACAGAUAAAUGAGGUGUGACUAGAGUGUGCAUGAAUAAAGUACAGAAGCAAUAAUGUAAACCAAAUUAGCGUUUAGUGGAGAUGUAUGCAGUACAAUAUAUUACAAAGACAGAAGAAUGUUUUACAAUGAGUUUACUUUGACAGUGAUACUCCUAGAAAAAUCUUUUCAAAAUGUGCCCAACCCUGUUUCCCUAGCUUUUUCUGUUACAAAAAUAAAUAAAUUAUAUAUAUAUAUAUAUAUAUAUAUAUAUAUAUAUAUAUAUAUAUAUAUA